CCUCGCCAUCCUUUCUCAUACGUAGCUUCCUUCCAUCCGCCCGCCCCCCUCUCCUCUUCAUCUGAGCGCACCAGCGGUGGCGAGAUGGCCGACAAGGGGAAGGGGAAAGCCGUCGACGACACUGCCGGUACUUCGUCGCGGACUUCAGGGCGGACGGAGACUGCCGGCGGCGGCGGGACUCAUCAGGAUCUUCCACUCGGCAUCUCUUACCAGUUCAGUGGAGCUCCCGGUGGCGGGGGCGGGACGGGGCUCUCUCAGUCGCAAUUGAGGAUACCUACGACGACGGUCCAGCAGCCGCUGAGCAAUCAAGCCCGUGGGAGUGCGCCCUUCGGCGGCCAGAACCAGAUCGCCAACCCACAGUUCGCUGGAGGUGGCGGCGGGGGCGGGUCAGGGGCGGGGUUCGGGGGAUCCUCUCAGUUUGAAAAGCGACAAAUUCUUUCUCUCUGGUCCGUGCGGUUCUUGGUUCUUGACUGA